GCCUGAUUUAAUUGAUUCGUUUCAAUUACAACAGAGCAGUCAUUUGGGUCUUAAAACAACUCUCAGUUCUGUCUUUUCCCUCCUUGUGCGUCCUUGCCCCAUAAUUCGGAGUCACUUCAUCGUCGCAGAAGGAGAGCACCAGGAUGCAAGCCAUAAAGUCUCUGUUCUUUUCCAAAUGGUCAUCCGAUGUGCGUCUGGAUGGGAAGACAGCCGUCGUGACUGGUGCCAACACGGGAAUAGGCAAAGAGACAGCAAAAGAUUUGGCCGCCAGAGGCGCAAGGGUGAUUCUGGCUUGCAGAGACAUGACGAAGGAGAGCAGCGGCCCCAUCAUGAGGGAGGUGUCGUGCGCCAAAGUCGUCGCUAGGCAUUUGGAUUUGGGCGACACCAAAUCCAUCUGCCAGUUUGCCGAGAAUGUCUACAACACUGAGAAGGCUCUCCACUACCUGAUCAACAACGCUGGCGUGGCUAUGUGCCCGUUCACCACCACUAUGGAUGGAUUUGAGACACAAUUCGGAGUCAAUCAUUUGGGUCAUUUCUUCCUUACCUUCCUGCUACUGGACUUGCUCAAGCACUCUGCCCCUUCCCGGGUCAUCAAUCUUUCCUCAAUGGCUCACAGUAUGGGGAAGAUUCAGUUUGAUGACCUGGGUGGGGAGAACAACUACCACCCUGUGCGGGCUUACGCACAAAGCAAGUUGGCUAACGUUCUGUUUACCAGAGAGCUGGCCAAUAGGACCGCAGCAUUAGGAGUGACGGCUUACUCUGUGGACCCUGGCGCUGUCAACACUGAGAUUUCCAGGCACAUCGGGGGGCUGAUGCCAGCCCUCAUUCGAACGUUUGCCGGUCUGCUCAAGACUCCAGCAGAGGGGGCCUACACCACCAUCUACUGCGUGGUCACUCCUGAGAAUGAGAUGAUCAACGGAGGGCACUACAGAGACUGUGCUUAUUCCAAGGGUUGCAAGGCCGGUGGAGAUGAUGGCACCGCUCUAAAGCUGUGGGCUGCCAGCUGCCACUUGCUGAGCAUCCGCUGGAGAUGAUCUACAACUUGAUGCAAAGUAGAUAAGAGUAGAACCCUGACAAAGGCUGUUAUUGUAUUUGGCUCAAGACAUUAAAAGAUACUACUGAU